AUGGUCGCGAAGGACGCGAAGAAGCCAGGGAACAAACCCGGCGGGGGGUACAUCAAGCCCAAGCCGAGGUCGAAGAAGAAGAAGCCGGCGGCGGCGGGAGACGCGGCGGUCGAGCCCGCCCCCGCGAAGCCGACGGAGACGGCCGAGGAACGAAAGGAGCGCAAGCGCAAGGCGAAAGAGGAGCGCGCGGUGAAAGCCCUGCCGGUUCUCGACGACGGCGGCGAGCGCGUGUGUAAGAUCUGCGCGCGGACCCUCGCGGUCGCGAGCUUCAGCGCGCAGCAGCUCAGGAAACCCAAGUCCGCGUGCGUGGCGUGCGCGUUCGCCAAGGCGUCCGAGGGGAAGGAUCACACGCCGUCGUCCAAAUCUCUGAAGGAGAAGCGCGCCGCGCUCAAGGCGCUGCGCGAGAAGAGGAAACGCAAGGAAGUGGAGGAGCCAGAGAAGAAGAGGGCGAAGGCGGCGAACGAUAAGAAGGAGGAGGAGGAGGAGGAGGAGGAGGCUCUCCGCGUGCAGCCGAAGGCGGCGAACGAGGAGGAGGAGGAGGAGGAGGAGGCGGCGGCGGCGAAAAAACUGAAGAGAGAAGACGCAGCCGCCGCGGCGACGACGACGACGGCGGACGAUGGCUUCGUCGCCGCGGAGCGGUACGACCCCAACGCGGCGUCUGACAGCGGCGGGGACGACGGCGACGACGCCGCGGCGGAGGAGAAGGUGAAGGAGGAGGAGGACGUCUCGGACGAAGAGAAGGAACUGAGAGCCCGGCAGGUGUACGUCGGGGGAGUGCCGUUCUAUAAGACCGAGGACGAGAUACGCGCCGCGUUCGACGACGAGGGUUUGCCCACGGAAGCGAUCGACUGCAUGACGUUCCCGGACAGUGGGCGGUUCCGCGGGAUCGCGAUCAUCACGUUCGCGACGAGAGAGGCCGCGAAAGGCGCGCUCGCGUGGAACGGAGAGAUGUGGGACGAAAAGUUUCUCACGGUGAAAAAAUACGCGCCUAAAAACGCUCCGCCGAAGGACGUUCCGGACCCGAGCGCGCCGCCCGCGGAGCCGAGGCCGGAGGUGGAGAAGACCGAAGGCCAGCUCGUCGCGUUCAUCGCGAACUUAGCCUGGGACACGACGGAGGAGACGCUCAAGAACGCGCUCGUCGGAUGCGAGAUCAAAGAAAUCCGGAUGGGGACGGACAAAGAGACGGGGGCUUUCAAAGGGUUCGCGCACGCGGAGUUCGUCGGGGACGACGACUUAGAGAACGCGGUCGCGCUGAGCGGGACGACGCUGUGCGGACGCGAGAUGAAGAUCACGUACGCGACGAAGAGGAAGAAGUCGUGGGAGGAGAGAGAGAAGGAGCGCGAAGCGAACGGCGGCGGGCGCGGAGGACGAGGACGCGACGGAUCCACGCGCGGGAAGAACGGGCGCCGCGUCGGCGGACGCCGCGGGCCUCCGAAGAAACGAGACAAGUUGGCGGGCCCGCGAAAGGCGUGA